AUGAAUCAUGAUCUAACAAGAAUGGUCACAGAAGAAGAAUUCUGCAUGGCAGUAAUGGAUAUAGGGGCACAUCCAGCCCCAAGACCAGCCGGACAACUAGACCAGCAACUCUGUCAUACCAAUCUAUGCCUUAUAUCGAAGGUUUAUCCCCCCAAUGUGUUGGUGAAUGGUACACCAGAGGAUUAUAUCACUCCAGCUCGUGGACUUCGACAAGGAGAUCCCUUAUCACCCUAUCUGUUCAUAUUAUGUGCUGAAGUGCUCUCACAUUUGAUGACACAAGCCAUGACGAACAGCUCUGUGAUCGGAGUUGUAAAAAUAUCGACGGUGGUAGAUCGGAGUGUAUCGACGCUGAAUCCAAACGCGCCGGCGUUCGAUCCGGUGGGAUUCCGUGAGGUAGAGGAUUUCUCUCCCAAGUGGUGGGAGCUGGUGACGACAUCCAAGUGGUUCCGUGACUUCUGGCUCAGUGCCAACUCGGAGGAGUAUGAGUUCGGCGAGUUCUCAGAUAUUGAGGACGAGUUCGAGGAGCUAAUCAUGACGUCAUCCGGUGAGGCUGAGAUGGGUGGACCUUCAGUGAGAGAAUCAGAUGUUGGGAGGUACUUGAAGGUGCUUCUGAGCAUGGCGAAGUCUACGAAAGGGAAGCUUUACAGAUCUAAUGUGUCUUGUUCUGCCAAGUAUAACCAGAAGAAGAUGAACCCAAACUUCUACUGUCGCCGGAACCAUCACAUCUAUCAGCCUCGGUGAAAAGGUUGCAGCAGCGUCUGGAGAAAGAAAUAAAAGCUCAUCUCUAAAUCUCUUGUGUUUUCAUGAAUGAGAUACUUUCUCAUCUUUGCUUCUUGUUCUGUACUACUUGUUCCUCUGAUUAUGUGAAUAUUCUUCUGUUAUGUGCUUUGCGUUUAUCAAAAUAAUUUCGCAUAGACUUGUUAUAUAAGCAAUAAACCAAGUUUGGAAAUU